AUGGCUCCAGUCAACAACACCAAUUACGAUCCGAAACCGGGAACAGCGACUUACGCAGCACAACUAGCUGAAUGGGAUGCAGAUGAACGACCUCAACAAUAUGCAGCUAUUGCGAUCUGCACCAGUGUGGCGACUCUGGCUGUUUUGAUGAGACUUUAUGCUCAACAUACUUACAAGAAGGUGUUCGCAUUAGAAGACUUCUUUAUUGUGAUCUCUCUGAUUGUACUAUGGGGACAAUUUUGCGCCUCUAUCAUUGCUUUGAAGGGCGGUGCUGGACUUCACCAAGUUCGUGUUAUGGCAGAGGAUACGAACGCACCACACCAACUUCUCUAUAUCUACAUUAACUACUGGAUUGUCUCAGUCCUCUGGGCUCCUGGGGUUAUGUUCAUCAAAUUAUCGAUUCUCUUCCUAUACCGCAGCUUAUUUCUCGUACACCAACGCUGGUUCAAGAUCGCCUUGUGGGCAAAUGGGGUUUAUGCCGUCGGCCUCGGAAUCGGGGCUACAUUCGUCUUUAUCUUCCAAUGCUGGCCAGUCGAACACUACUGGAAUCGAUUUGUAGCAUACUAUGGUGAGGAAGCACCAGCUGGGACAUGCCUUCCGCAGCUGGUACAUUUGGCUACACCACAGUUCCUUAGUACAGCCUCUGAUCUGGUGAUUCUGCUUUUGCCAGUCCCUAUCAUCUUGAAGCUUCGUGUUGAUAAGCCGCGAAAGAUUGCUGUCUCAGCCAUCUUCCUGCUGGGUUGCUUCACUGUUGGUUGUGGUCUUGCCAGAAUUGUGACUAUUUUCCAUGUCAGCAACACAGCAGAUGUCACGUGGCACAACAUCGAUACCGUCACUUUCACUAUUGUCGAGUGUGGUGUAGGUAUCGUCUGCGCCUGCCUACCAGCCUCUGCACCACUAUACUCAGGUCUCAUGAAGAGGAUGGGCAUACUCUCCUCAGCCGGAACGGAACAGUCAAAGCGCAAAACCUACGGAUCCAAGGGAUACGGGAUAUCCUCGCAUGACAGAAAGAAUUCCCAAUUCAGAAGGAUGUCGGGUUCAAAGUCGGAUGCUGACGAUGUCAGCAUUGAGAUCCAGGACUUGGUCCCUGCACAAAAACAUCAUAAGUGGUCGACAAGGAACAACUUUGAAGCCGAGUACCGCCAAGGUCCGGAUGGAAUAAUAGUCAAGAAAACGGUCGAUCUGUAUACAUCAGGUUGA